AUGUUUUCACGAAAAACAAAACUUAAACGACCAGCAAGUCCAGCACUAACAAUAUCAUCAUCAUCAUCGUCAUCGAAUACUCGAAGUGGCCUUUUCGAAUGUUAUAGCUUUUUAGCACCAAAUGAAUAUUCAAAUAAAACAUUUGGUUUACUUGCAUUUCUUCUGCGAAAUUCAGUUGGUGAAAUUAAUUUUUCUUCGAUUCUCGACGAAGCUGAAAAAAAUAAUGAAAAAGGACAAACAAAUGAUUUUGUAAGAUUAUUAAAAGAAAAACGAUCGAAUUUAACACCAAAUGAUGCAUCAAUUGAAAAAUGUCUAAUGUUAACUCGAUUAAUAUCAUCAAUAGAGAUGAACGAAUCAGAAUUUAUAUCACUUCUAUUCGAUGUUCGAAUGGAUAUGAGACUAAAAAUGACUGAUAAUUUAAGAAAUCAACCAAUUUCAUAUCCUAAUGAUUUUCGUCAACGUGAACACGAUUAUGAUCAUCGAAGAAAUGCUCAAGAUAUUAGACGUCUUUUCUAUCUCAAUCAUGAAGAAGCAAGAAAACCAUCAAGUUUAAUUUCAUUACAAAAUAAAGUAACUGAACAUUUAAGUUAUGUGAUUGAUUGUAAAAUGCGAUAUGAUGCAAAGUUUCGAGACACUGGUAUUAAAGAACUGGAGAAAAUAAUCGGCAAUUCAUUUAUGAUUACUGCUCAACCACUUUGUGGUUUAAAUCCAGUAACAAUUUAUGAACGAAGAGGACCGGGUGAAUAUGGAGCUAAAAUAUCAGUAACUAUAGUCUCAUUAUUACAUGAUUUUAUGGAAACACAUCCGAAUUUAAUUGAACUUUAUGAUAUUGAAACAAGUUUAUGGCCACUAUCACCUCUUUAUAAACUUGAUGAAUCUCAAACACUUUCUUGGAAAACUUGUCAAUUACAAGUAACUCCAAAUGACAAACCACAAACAAUAGAUUAUGCUGAAUUAUCAUUCAUUACUAUACUACAAUCAAAUAAAACAAAUACACGUAUUCAUUUUGGUGAAGUAUUACAUUCAUUGAAAUUUGCUAUUAAACUUCAUUUAAAUUUAAGUGAAUAUAAACUUUCUAAAACUUAUCAAAUCCCAUUAGAAUCAUUAUCAUUUGCUAUUACUUCUCACAAUAAUCAUAUUCCACAUAUGUUAACAAAAGUUAUACUUGAUGAUAUCAAACGGUUUUCAAAAGCUUCUUCAACUGAUGUUAAGGUUAUAGCAAGCUUUAUAUUACGCUAUUUUAAACAUCGAACAGGCGUGGUACCUUAUCCAUUUCUUGAGAAGUACGUUGAACAUGAAUUAACAAGAGCUCUAAAUGAACGAAGAAAUUUUCAAUCAAUGGAAGAUAUCUUUAUGGAUUUUCUUGUACCAUUUGUUCAACAAGUAGAAUUUAUGGCAAAACAUCCAGUACUUUGUAUGUUUUAUGCCGAUGGUCUUUUUCUUGGUAUUUGUAAAAGUGAACAAGCAGCUGAAACGAUGAUGAAUUCAACCGAUAAUAAUUCACCUAUAGUUGGAUUACGUAUGAAUUCAAUAAAGGUGGAUUAUAGAGCUGUUGCAGCAACACCAUCUUCAAGUAGACCAAUUAAAGUUCAUACAUGUGCUGUUCGUGUUGAUAUUUAUAAUAAAAACACCAACAAAUUCCAAUAUCGUACAUUUGAUUCAAGCAUACUUCCUAUUGAUAUAAAAAAAUUUGUAACUACUGCUUAUACAGAAAACGCUAGUCAUAUAAGAGUUUUAUCUAAUCUUGGUAAUAAUAAUGAUGAUAGAAAAUAUAGAUCUUUUACAGAUUUCGAUAAAUAUUAUGAUGAUUUUCUACAUGAUAUUUAUAAAACAAAUGAAAAAUAUAAACCACUAACUAAUCUUAUUCUAAACGUUGAGAAUGAAGACAAUGAUGAUAGUAAUUCUAAUGGUAAUGACAAUCAACAUACAGAGUUGGCCAAUAUGUUAUCAGAAAAUCCAGAGUCAGUUCCUCCUAAUUUAACAUCACCACUCAAUGAUGAAUGUACUUCUAAUACAAUUAGUAAUCAUAAUACAAUAUCAUACGCACAAACCGGUUUUAAUAGAUCACCAUUACAUAGUAUUCAUUCACCACCUCAAACUCUAGAUAAUCAAGAAUUAAUUCGAUAUGCUCUGUCACAUCCUGAUCUUGUUACAGAACUUUUACGUCAAAUUGAUAUCCAACAACGAGAAUUAUCAAUGCCGUAUCAGAACCAGCAAGCAUUUCCAAUACAGUCACAUUAUCAACAACAACAACAACAACCAGUUAAUCAACAAUUUCAUCAGCAACUUAUCUCUCCUAUAUAUCACAACCAACAAAAUAAUGAAAAUCAAUAUCAACAAUCAUUAACUUCUUCGAAUUAUAAUAAUCAAUGGAUACCACAACAAGGUUUAACACGAGCUCAAAUGGUAUCAUUGCCGCAAGAUAUUCUAAAUCAAACAACAUUUCAAGCACAGGCGAUCUCAUCAGAUCAAGAUUUAUUACAAUUCGACGAUUGGCUUCCUCCAAAUUAA